AAAAUCCCUGAAGCCUACCAAAAUGAAUCACACUUGGUUCAAAGUAUGUAAUAAACAAGUAGUCCUUGGCAGAUUGAUAUAAGAUAUUUUGAGAUUGUAACAGUUUGAAAAGGAAUAGUGGUUUUGCUGCAGUAGAUUUGUGUUUACAAACGUGUGUUUUUUAUUGUUCAAGUUGAAGGUAUAUUGUGAGGAAAUUAUGUGUUUCAAUACGAAAUAUGUGUGCGUAGUAUUAUUAAGUGUUUGUGUUGAAAUAAACAGCAGACAUAUCAAUAUAGGUCAACACAAGCUGGAUCAGCCGAAUUUGAACCUUAAAACUGCACUUGAAAACGUUAUAGAAUCGGCUGGAAAAGCAAAAACUGACGCCAGUAAUGACCAAAUGGCAUCUUUGGCAAAACAUCAAACUGAAGUUGGCAAUGACAGCUAUGCCGUCGAUGACAUUACAAGAAGUGAUGUUGAUUCAAUAAUGUUUUUGAGUGAAACGCUGGAGCCAAAACAAAUGAAUAUAAGUAACACUUCUGCAAACUCUUUAAACAAUGAGAAGAUGGCUAUGCAUAAAACCGACAGUACUUUUGGAAAUGAAAAUAGUUUGAGAAUCGACGCAAUCGCUGUGGAACAACCAAUGGCCUUAAAAGUAGUUUCGGAAAGAAGCACCGAGUCAGCGCAACAAUCGAAAGAACCGCAGUUAACGAAAACAACAUCUGCACAGCCAGUACCAGAUGAAUUGUGUUUGUUGCUCAAACGACAAGGCCUUCCACUCGUGGCCGGAUGCCUUAAAACGGGUCGUCUUGGAAUAUGGAAUUAAAAGUAUUCUCUCUAAGUAUCUGAAAUGGAUAAUGGGGGGCUUCUAGAUACCAGUGCAACCUUACUUGACUCACAAGACUUACUAGACUUUUAAAUUGGACGGUUGUUUAUUUUUGUGAAUAAAUUAUGUUAUUUGAGAACGG